GCUGUCAGCACAGGGCCCGACACAGGGCUCUAACCCACGAACCAUGAGAUUAUGACCUGAGCUGAAGCCGGACGCUUAACCGACUGAGCCACCCAGGCGCCCCAGAUAAUGAGUAUUUUAAGAAAUCAAGCAUCUUCUGCCUACAAGUAGGUACUUUAUUGUCUGUCAAUUCUCACUUGAAAGAGGCCCAGUGACAAUGGGGAAUUUGUUCACUGAACAUCUCCAGAAUCCAGGAUAGCAAGAGCUCAAGAAAUAAUUGCUGAAUAAAAGUGACCAAAAUGAUGAGGUGUUUCUGGUGUGCAAGAAGGGGUCAGUAGCUCUUGGAAAGUCGGUUGAGCUCUUUAAGGAAAAUGUGCAAGAAGUUAUUUUGACUUUUUUUCUUAUUAGCUGUGGGCCCUUAAGUUUUUCUGAGGCUUAUUUUUCUCCCUUAAAAUAUGGGAGUGGUCGUAUUCCUUCUUAGCAGAGCUGUGAAGAUGAUAGAAGGUAAUGUGUAACACACCCGGUGUAUGUAAACACCUGAUUAGGCUAGUAGUGGCCAUGAGUGUUGUUGCUACUAUGGGUGCUCAGAGAUGAAAUAAAUAUACAGUCUGUCCUUGUUAUCUGUGACAGUUAGGUUUUACAAAGCCAUUCAUUUAGGGAGCACUGAGCCAUUGCUCCUAGAGGAAGGGCACAGUUGGGUUCCUAGGAGCCUCUGGUUACAUUUUUGUCACCUGAUUGAUCCAUAAUGUUGUUUUAUGUGUGUUUCUGCUUAAAGACACUUUAUUUAACCUAUAUUAUUGAUUCAUUAAUAUUGAACUCAAGGUGAACACCGCUGUAAUUCACACUUUAUUGAACCUUAUCCAACACAUGUAUUUUCUGGGUAAGCCACAUCACAGCCUUCUUAUGUAGAGUAACACUAGAUAACACUUCAGUGCUGGUCUUUAAGCAAGUAGGUGAAUUUGCAAAUAGCGAAUCCAUGCACAAUGAGGGUUGACUGUAUUAAAAAUUGUUUUCUUGAAUCUUUCUCUAGCAGUUCUUUCUCUGAAGAACUUAAAACACACCCAUUUGGGAAAACAUUUUCAAACACUGUUUUCCUCCAACCUUGUUGCAGGUUCUACAUGAAACCUCAUUAAUGAAGCUUUUCUAAGCACCACAUCUUCAAUUUUUAUGUUUAUUUGCCAAUAAAAAUGGCCCAUUACUUCCAAAUUUUUAAAGUUGAGUGGGAUUGUUCAGAUAUGUUACUUUUCAUUUUGAUAUAUUUCUACCAUUCUUUAGGAAGUGGAGUGUGAGAGUGAGGACCUGGAAAAAGAGCCCAGAGAUAUUACAGGGGCCACUGUUGAUGACAUAGAAAUUCUGGUGUAGGCAGUUUAUGAAGAAACUGGGCUCAUCUUACUCAUGGCCUAGAAGACGAUGGUGAUGAUUUUGACUUCUCCUAUUGCAGAUUAGCAUAUUAUAAGGAUCAGCAUGGUUAUUGUUACAAACAUUACCUGAGCACUUGUUGGGAGUGCUUAAAAUUCUUUUAAGAAAGGAGAGAAGAAAAGAAUUGUUUUCAGUGGGUCCAGUAGUUUCAGGUUGCCUAGGAGACAGAUCACCAAAUUUAACAACAGCAAAGAAACCCAAACACCAAUGAUAGUAACACCAGCACCUACCAUUUUUGAAGCCCUUACUACAGUGUGUGUCUUGUAGUGGUUCUUUAAUCUCUUAUGCUUUGAGGAAACAAACUCGCUGGGAUUAAAGUUUUACCUUUCAUAUGUCACCCACCUUGUGCAUCUUCCUACUGUACUUAUGUGUAGUAUAAAAAUAAUAGCUUGUUUAGUUUGUAUGCGUGUGCACAUGUGUGCAUGUGUGUGUCUAACUAAGUCCUGGGACCAGGAAGGUACCUGUGUACAUUUUUUUCCCCAGAUUUUUCCUGUGUUAGAAAAGUCAAGAUGCUAAAAGAGAAGGAAUGAAUAAUUCAGAUCUAGUUGAAUUAAAAACAUAUUAAGACACCUCCUAUCUACCAGGCACUGUGUGAAACAUUUGAAAUGCCUCCUAUAAUUUAAUUCUAAUAUGAGGUAGGUAGGAUCCCAUUUUAUAGAUGAACAAACUAAGCUUGGCCGUCUUCAUUUCAGUCACUUGCCUGAAGCCAUUCAAAUAAGGGUGGAAGCAAGACUUAAACUGAGGACUGUUUGACUUCAAAGCUCACCCUCUCUAACUGCCAUACUGCAGUGUUACUGCAUAUAUUGGGGUGCAGAGAGGGAGGCAGGGUAGGAAGUGAUCUGGGGUGACAAGUCGUGUUGAUUUUGGAAUAGCAAGAGGACUAGGUUUCUGAUGAAGCAAAGACAGACUCUGGGUGUGGUUGGACGUCUGUAUCCAAGAUAAAUAGGUCUAUCUAUUAAAGAUAGUCCUUUGUUUUCAAAGCUGUUUCUAAAGAAAGAAAGGUGUGAGGCUGUGAGGACUCCAAGAAAGGUAGCAAAAGGCGGGAUGGUGGACGCUUAAUUAUUCACAAGGAUAUGGUAUGGAAGUUGUAGGUGUUCCUCAUUCCUCAUUCCAGAUCUUCAGAUUUUCCUUGCUGAUGACAUCAAGAAGUCUUGUCUACAUACCCGUCCUUAAGGCCUGCCACUGAACAUAGAGCUUCUAACAUCUUGAUGUUUUUCACUUCUCUUUCUCUCCUUAUCUCUCCCUCCCUCCUCAACUUGACUGGUUAAUUGCUUUUCCUGUGUGUCUUCAUAAAGUUGUAGCUAGUUUAUUCCAUUCUGGACUGUUUAUCUUUGAAUGCCAAAGGUCUUGAAACAUCAUAAUGUUGUGUAAUGAACAUAACUUCUGCCUUGACAUGUGGGUGUUAAGAGCAUUAGUCAUUGCAAAGUAUUGAGUUAAAUAUUUUCAAUAAAAAGAUAAAAUGAUCUAAUAGAGAGGAAGGAGUUUUAAAAAUACUAGUUGGUGACUUUACUGGUGAGCUAUAUAUUUAGUGGGUUCCAUCAGUGAUGGGCUAGAGAUUCACAGAAUGAACAUAAAAACGUUCUUACUCCAUAUUAGUGGGAGAGGAGAAAGAUCAACAAGAGGAAAAAAGCACUUGAUUCUCUUACAUACUGAGAAGAAGGCAGGCCAUCAGAUUUUCCAAUGCUUUUGCUCUCGAUUUACUUCCUCACAUGCAUCUUUAAUUAACUACCCCAAGAAAUGUUGGAGAUGACCAUGAGAUAGUUACCAUAGGUACUCCUGGGAGGCCUCUUGCUGGAAAGCCCUUAGCUUUGUAAUGAUGUCUUCUUUUUUUUUAGAAAGCCAUCAGGGCAUCCCUUGCAGCACCAUCUGAGAGCCAGGGCCUUCCUGAGCAAAGAAGGUGUUUCUUUACCCGUGGAGUUGAUUUUAUGGAGAGUUUUGGUCAGCAUUAGUCAUUGUGAAACUAUGUACCUGCUGUCCUGGUUUAUCUCUGUAAACAUCUCCCUGAGGCAGAAGAUUGAGUCCUCAUCUCUCCAGGUCUCUGGGCAUCUAGAGAUGUUAGAGGUGCCCUGGUUUGCUUCUUGCUGGGAUGUGUAUAGUAGGUACUGGUCUUCUCUGAUGGCAUAUUGCCUAGAUGAGUGACAAUCCAUUUAACAGGUUGAUGUGCUCUCUUGUUCCUUGGGGAGGUUUAAACCAGUGACACUGUGCGCUAACUCUCCUUUACCUUGCCGGCAGUCUUCAGUCAUUCCAGUAGAUAACUUCUGAGCUAAAUACCUUUUCUUUCCUAGAGAGGCUAUAAACAAGGAAAUUAAUAUCGGAUUAGAAGGCCUAAACUCUGUCUAUGGCUGCUAAUAAAAACUUCUCAACAAGACUGGAUGUUAUCAAACGAUGUCCAAAUUAAAAAAAAAAAACAACAAAAAAAAAAAAACGCAGGAAACAAUUUUUUCCUAGUAUGAUACCUUUUACCAAUGGAUAAUUAUUUUCGUGAUCGUGUUAGGCAGUGAGGCCAUUUUUGUGGUUGGAGAGUGUGUGGAGUGCGUGGAGGGGAGAUCUAUUUUCACGAGGUUUCCUUGCAUUUGUGGCGAUAUUUUUGGAAGGACUAUUGAUCUCUGGUCCUCCCGUGUAGGAUUUUGAAUGUAAUUGCUAUGCUUAUUAACUGAAUCUAUAGUUAAGAAGGUAGUGUUGAAGGGGAGCCAAGGAACCUGUUGAUGUAAAGUCUGUUUUACCUUUUAUGAUUCCCAUCAUUUAGCACCUCCCUCCUUCCUGGCUCAAUCCCCUGUCAUUUUAAGUAGGCAGCAAUUACUGGUUUACUAAAGAAGCUGGCUCCUGCUGCCAAGGAUCCUAUUAAUUAUCACUCUAUCUCUAAUUUAGCCUUACUAGUGUUGAGAGAAGGUGCAUGUAAGCGUGUGGCAGAGCAGUUGCAAUCACAUCUUCUUUGUAGUAAUCUCCUUUCUGAGACGGUUCAGCGGACUCAAUGUUCAGCCAAAGGGCCGCGGAGGCCCUGAAGCGGCGACUGAACCAGAGCACCUGCACCAACUCUGACAUUCCGCUGUGGCUCAACACCCGCAAGCCUCCAGCGCGCAAGGACGGCCCCCAGCACCACCCCACGAAGGACAAGACCAACCGGAUCCUUUACAUCAUGUGCGGGGUGCUGGCCAUCAUGCUUGUAGGCAUCUUCACCAAGCUGGGGCUGGAGAAAGCACACCGGCGGCAAAGGAAGCCAAGUCCAGAUGACCCCCUCGGAAGCCUGGAGAACAGGACAGGAUUGGAGGACCACGUUCUCCUGGAGCCUGGGCUCGGGUACAGUGUGGAAGCUGGUCCUCCUGGCCAGGGAGACCUCCUGAGCAGCAUGCUACCUUCCUCCUCGGUGCCAGAGUUGAUGACAAUUAGUAAGUUGCUGAGUCUCCUCCGCCAAUGCCGGCUUGUCCAUAUUUUGGCUGACCAUUUCCGUCUUGGCUCUCGUGUCUUCGGAACUCUGUGGAAGCUUGCCGUUAUUACUGCCACCGUUGCAAUUUGUGCAUGUCUUAUUUACCUCUGGAGAGUUGUCCUUGCUACAGAGCCUCCAGUAUAUCCAGUUAAUGUACAGCAAAAAACUGCAAAGAGCAACACGUUGGAGAAAGAAAACACAGAGCUGGCUGAAGCAAUAUCCAUGUGGGAACAGAAGAUACAUCUUCAAGAAGCUAAGAGAGAAAGUAACAUUCACUCUGCUGAAGCUCUUAAGUUGAAAUCAGAAGAUGCAAACGGUCAGUUGGAGGAACUGAGAGCCUGGAGGUCCAAUAAACGUGCACUGGAAGCAAGGAUAAAGGACGUGGAAGACAUUCGUAAUGCUUUGAGUUCUACUAAAGCAAUCAGGGAAGAAACAGCCAAAAGCCUGAAGGAGAGAGGAGACGUCCUUGAUGAAUUCUAUGAAGAAAGAAAAAUGGCUACAGCAAAGAAUCUGGAUAUGACAAACUGUGAACUAGUGGCAAUGAAGAAUCAGAUGGCAACUGCAGAGGAAAAUCUGAAAAUAGCUACAAGGGACAUAGACAAGUGCAAACAGGAAAUUGAACAAACACGAGAACAGCUGCAGAAGGCAGAACUCACCUUCACACACCAGGUCGCAGUUUAUGAGCGUAAUGCUGCGGAAAACUGGAUCAAGACUCAGAUCUGGGAGACGAAAAUGGCGGGACAGAGCCGGGAGAUCGCCCGCUUGAAAUACAGACUGGUUGGGAUGGAAGGAGAGAGGCUGGUUGAGGCAUACAGGAGGUGGAGACCAAUGCCUGGAAGUCCAGAGAUGCAGAACGCUCCGAGGAGAGAGCCUUCAGCCGAAGCUGGUGUCACUCCCAUGAGUCACAACUACAAGCAGUCUACCAACAAUGCCGAGAAGGACAAGGGCAGUGUGGAUCCGUGGCGACCUCCUCCAUCAACUGGAAGAUUCUGCACACCCUACCCUAGAGGCCACCGUAUGAUCUCCUGUGCACAUCCACCUCCUGUGCCAGGUUCGGGACCAUCCCGAAACCCUCCACCUGCACCACUUGGGCCUUUUUCAGAUCCACAUGUUGCUCCUGUGAGUAACAACAACACUGACUCUACCAAAAGGAUCACGGAGGACAAGGCCAUUAUGAAUGCAAGAGGGCCUGGUCCUUCCCCAGGAUCGCCUUGCAGGCUGUCCCCCAUGGACCACCCUUCACCACCAGUCACGGGCGAUGGGCCACCUCCGCCUCCUCCACCAGCUCCUCCACGUACUAAAUUUGGUUUGCGUCUCCGAAAGUUCCCUCGCAAUCUCCUGAGGUUUUGCCUGUGUUCCUGCUGUGUCAGCUCUAACACCAGCUCUCGGCGGUCAUCUCAGAGCCUCAGGAGAAUGCGAACUUCGUGGACCCUGAACUAUGACCAAUAGGCUGUGGUGAUGUGAUAUAUUUAGAAAAGUUGUCUGGUAUGCAUAUUUGACUGAAUUCUUUCCCUGACCAUUCCUGUCCCCUCUAUUUUGUUUUUCCUCGUUUCCCUUAAUAAACCCAUCACAGUUCUGUA